GAUUGCUUUUGACGUCAUAUAGUAGUCUAACUCACCUUGGCCUAGCCCAAUAGUAACUGUUGUUAAGUCUCGUGUAAUCAUCACAUAACUGACGAUUGUUAUUGUAUUUUUUGUACUAUCUUAUUUAGCUUGUCAAGUUCAGAAACAACAAUGAGCAUCCUCGUGUCACUGUUACGUCGCAACAGCCAAGAACUCCGUCCGUUAAUUAGCUCCUAUCUAAACAAUGAGAACCUAUCUCGCCAGCUGCACUCUUGCACAGAGUCGAAAGAGAUUCUGAUGUCCGAAGAUUACCAGGGAAGUAUGCAUUUAAACUCUCAAGGCCCUUGGAACACUCGGAUGCUCUCUUUCUCAUCUAACACUGCAAUCUCAUCGAUCGGAUCAACGGGCUCGGGAGCUGGUGUCCUAUCGAAGAAACAAGCAAUGGAUCUCGCUAUCAGGCUCACCUCGGCUGAACGAGAAAUUCUUAUUUCAGCACUGCAGGAGUGUCAAUCAAAACAAACUAAAGCAGAGUACGAAGGUCAACUAGCAGCUUUUCGUUGGAGAAGCAAAUUUGGACGUCCGACCAAAGUACUAACUCUCGGUGAUGUGGACCCUACUGGAAGCUACUGUGCGGUACCUGAUGAUUGGCUACUUCGAAAGUAUGUUGAAACAGUGCCAAAUCCAAGCAGAGCUGACUUGAUGAAAGUAUUAAUCGCAAAUGCAAUUCCUUUCAUCGGAUUCGGUUUUCUUGACAACGCCAUCAUGAUUAUCGCUGGUGAUAGUAUCGAGGCGACGCUUGGCUCGAUAGUGCCUAUCUCGACGAUGGGAGCUGCUGCAAUCGGGAAUACUAUUUCUGACAUUAUAGGAAUUGGAUCAGCAUAUUACGUAGAACUACUUGCUACGAAAAUUGGCUUCCAACAACCCGAGCUAACGCCAAUUCAAAUGAACUUGCCGACAACACGAAGACACGCUAAUGCGGGUCGAGUACUCGGAGUGACGAUAGGAUGUUUCCUGGGAAUGUCGCCACUUCUUCUAACGAGCAAUGUUUAAUGAGAAAUUCAACCAGAAGAGGCAACCAGUAGAUGACAAAGUCACAAAACCGACCAAUAGCGGAGUCUCACCGUGUUACUGUUUAGAGUAAUUGCCGUUUAAAGCCCACUGAUCAUUUUGGAAACUCAAUGUUUGUGACAAUUUAUUGAUGCAUUUUUUAUAUGGUCUUCCGCAGUAUUGUAUAUAUUUAAGGAGUGUAUAUAGUUUGUUUUAAGUA